AUUUUUCUAUUUUUCUGUUUAUCAAAUGCGGAUUCGAUGCGAUUUAGUCGCAAAUGGUUACAGUGGAUUUCUUGUUUGGCCUUCAAAAAUCCUUCACAACAUACAUCAAUGAAGAGAGGAAGUUCAAGUUAUAUUUUUGAAGGAGAACAACCAACAUUAGAGGAAAUUCGAGGAUGGGGAAAGAGUUUCGAUAAGCUAAUGAAAAGCACUAGUGGACGUAAAUUGUUUCGUGAUUUUCUCCGAAGUGAAUUUAGUGAAGAAAAUAUUUUGUUCUGGUUAGCAUGCGAAGAACUAAAAAAGGAGGUAGACGUUCCGAUAAUAGAAGAAAAAUCACGAACUAUUUAUGAGGAUUAUGUUUCAAUACUAUCUCCAAGAGAGGUUUCAUUAGACUCACGUGUUAGAGAUGUGAUAAAUCGCAAUAUGGUUGACCCAACACCGCACACCUUCGAUGAAGCUCAGAUACAAAUUUAUACAUUAAUGCACAGAGAUUCUUAUCCGAGAUUUCUUAACUCACAAAAAUUCAAGGCGUUAGCACAAUUGCAGGAUGGUGUAUCAGCAUCUGGUUCCACAACGGAGAGCCCAACUUAAACACAAUUGCAUACAAAAUUCUCCAGCAUCCAAGACCUACAUCACGGUGCAGUUGCAGUUGUAGUUAAUGGCUGCGGUAUUUUGUUUUUCCCUAUCUCCCGCACUGCAAUGCAUGUUUACACAAUACUAUUUAGUUUCUGAACACUAUGAAUCUACGACGUUAAUGAAAACAAAAACAAGUGAAUUACUUACUACUCUAAUGCAUUUUGUUUCCUAUUAGUCUAUAAGCCAAUAAACUAAACGCAGUUGGAUCCACUUGGGCUCAAUACAACUUCCGUGAUAAAAACUCGGGCUGGGGCGUGAAAAGCUUCAUUUUUCCAAUAAUCAAGCAAUAUGCUAUAUUUUUCCAAAACGAAUACCAAAGAUUUAAGUUUCUAUUUUA